AUGGAGGAAAGUACAGCGAAACGACGAAAAUUAAGUCACGAAAAUGGCGAAUCAACCCUUGAAGCAGCCAGCGCUUCCGCUGCGACGAUGGGUGCUUCCGGCGCAAGCGCUUUCAUCCUCGAGACGGAAGAAUUGUUAAAGGAGGUUAAACUGGAUUAUGGCAAGACAACAUACAAUGUCGAAAAUAUGUUACGUCGCCUCAAGGAAGUAAUCGAAACUUCGGAACCACAUGAACCUCUUCCCAUUAACGAAGUAUCAACAAACUUUGAAAAAUCGAAUAAAAUAACGAUUCCAUAUCCCGAUCCAAAGCCUGCAAAAGACUCUCCAUACAAGCUCUCUUUCGAUACGCCAGCUCAGAUCAAUAUAGUAGGAAGUUGGAUUCUCAAGACUGGUGUCAAAUCUCAAUCGGAUUUAGCUAUUGACAUGAUUGUUGUCAUGCCUGAAUCCAUUUUCCAAGAGAAGGACUACUUGAAUAUGAGAUAUUUCUACAAAAGGGCGUACUACCUAGCUUAUAUCACCGCAAGCCUUCGAACGGCGUUGGCCGGAAUGGCUAUGGAAUUUUGGUUCGAUCACCUACAUGGCAACCCAUUAUUGCCCGUAGCGAUUACUCGGCCGAAGGAAGGUUCAGGCAAGUCUGGAGCAUUUCCUGCGAUUCGCAUUAUUCCAUGUGCGCCAGAGAAUUACUUUCCAACAACCAAGCUCAUGGCUACCAGCAAUGCUAUCCGUCAGGGUAAAACUGAAGAGACAGAAGAUGCGAAAUUACCCACACCGUUUUACAACACGACCCUCAAAGCUGAAAGCCAAUUUUCAGCAUACCUACGACUAUUACAUCGGGCCACAAAUUCGUGUUCUGCUUUCACGGAUGCAUGUGUUCUAGGACGCAUAUGGUUGCAACAACGAGGUUUCAGCAGUAAUGUCUACGGUGGUGGCUUUGGUCAAUUUGAAUGGGCUGUCUUAAUAGCUCUUCUUCUGCAGGGCGGUGGCCGGAAAGGAGAAGCGGUACUUUCGCCGUCGCUUCAUAGCACGCAACUUUUCAAGGCGACUCUACAAUACAUUGUCACGACGAAUUUACAAAAGAAACUAGUGAUUAUCGGCAAGGAUCCUCCUAGUGUGGAAACAUUCCGCCAACCUGCGCCGGUCUUAUAUGAUGUCGCCCGCGGGAUAAAUAUCUUAUACAAGAUGACUCCGUGGUCUAUCGCAAUGCUAACAGAACAAGCUAAAUGGUCUCUUUCCGCAAUAAACGACAGUCCACUCGAUCAAUUCGACCCCCUAUUCAUCAUCAAAGUUGAUCAGCCUCUUCAGACGUUCGAUUUGCUACUAAGCGUCAAUCUCCCAACUUCAAAAGGAGAUCUUGAAUCAGUUGAUCGUAAAGGGUUUAUUUGGGAUUUCAGCACUAAGCUGUAUAACAUAGUAAAACGAGCACUUGGUGAGCGGGCGCAACUCAUCCACAUUCAUACUCCCGGAGAAACAUUAUGGCCGAUUUCAGCUGCAUCUCCGAAGACAAAAGGAAAGGGUAUUCUUGUCGGAAUCGUUGUAGAUCCUUUGAAAGCAUCACAGGGUCGCGAGUAUGGUCCUCCGUACGAAGAAAAGAAGGAAUCGGCUAAGUUCCGAGAAUUCUGGGGCCAGAAGGCAGACCUCUGGCAAUUUCCCGACGGAAAUAUUGUCGAAAGCCUUGACUGGACAGAAUAUUCUAUUCUAGGCUUCUCGGGAAUAUGUGAAGCCAUUAUACGGUAUAUUCUUAGGUUAAGGCUUGAGGUGGCUGAUAGCGAUCUCGAGUUCUACUGGCAAGAUAUACCCAAGAUUAUGUCUCUUGCGCCUUCGGAUAAGGUUGCAUUUGAUGCUGCUAAACAAGCGUUCGAAAUAUUCGAGCAAGAUAUCCGCACUCUGGAGGGACUACCUUUACAUGUGAAACAUAUAGCUCCUAUUUGCGCGGAUCUACGACGCACGUCGCUAUCUAUACCGGAAUUUAACUUCCGAAAACCUCUUCUAUACCCGAUGGAAGUCGUGAUUUCUUUCGAGGUUUCUGGAAAAUGGCCUGAAAAUCUGUCUGCAAUCCAGAGAGCUAAAAUUGCAUUUUUGCUAAAAAUUGGUAGCUCGCUAAAAGAAGUGAAAGAAGACGAAGUCAAGACACACCUUGGACUCGAGAACGCAACUCGUGAUGACGAGAAUCUGGCAUUCCUGGAUGUCGUUUAUGAGAAUGGCGCUUCUUUUAGGCUCAGGGUCCACAGCGACCUUGAGGAGUCACUUCUUGAGAGGAGAACCAAAGACCAAACUAUUGAACGCCACAUUCGUACAGAAGCUGCCGAUCUGCUCGCUUCGUACAAGCGGAUGUAUACAAAUCUACCACUCCACAACCAAACCAUGUCCACUUUCUGCACUAGAUUCCCCGCGCUGUCUCCUUCCAUACGGCUUACCAAGCAUUGGUUCAAUUCUCAUAAGCUUUCAUGUCAUUUCAAUGAAGAGCUUAUAGAAUUAUUCGUCCUGCAAGCCUUCCUCCGUCCGUACCCAUGGCAAACUCCGACCAGUGCCAUGACCGGGUUUCUCCGAACACUUUUAUUGUUAGCAAGGUGGGACUGGCGUGAUGAACCUCUCGUCGUGGAUUCGUCCGAUUCGCUCUCUACUUCGCAGCGAUUAGAAAUUGGCACUCGGUUAGAAGCAUGGCGGAAAAUCGACCCCAACAUGAACCGCACGGUCCUGUUCGUCGCAACGCCCCACGACGUCAGCGGCGUCGCAUACACCCAACACGGCCCCUCUAAAGUCGUGGCUACGCGCAUGACUAGUCUAGCCCGAUCCGCAUGCAAAGCAGUUAAGGAAAAGGGCGCCGACCUUAACAUCAGAAGUCUCUUCCAAUCCCCAUUACGCGAUUACGAUGUCCUACUACACCUCUCGCCCAAGGUUCUUAAGAGUAUAACCCGCGGCGACGAUGAUACCGCCCGACGCUCGCGGUUUAAGAAUCUGGAUACCGGAUUCGAUGGCCCGCGCGCGACAACCCUCCCCUUACCCGAACACCCCGCACAGACUCUUCUCAAGCAAUUAAACGCCGCGUACGCGAGUCCGCUACUCUUCUUCCAUGGUGGGGCUGAUGAUAAUGUCAUCGCCGCGUUGUGGAAUCCGCAAUUACAUCGUAGGACGUUUACUGUGCAUAUGCCGUGUUCGUUGAGAUCGGCUGGGGCGGGGGAUGGGGAGGGGAAGAAAGAUAAGAAGAAAAAGGAUAAGGGUAAAAAAGAUAAGGAAAGGGGAGAUGAGGGCGAGGAGGAAUUGUUCGAGGUUAAUAAAAAUGCGAUACUAGCGGAGAUCGCGAGGAUCGGCGGGGAUUUGAUUGAGAGGGUUGAGGUUAUGGGUGCUGCGUAA